AUGACUCUAGACGUUUCUUCAUUGUACGACAUAUGUCAACGAUUGGAGGAAAAUCGUGAUUCGGCUGAUUUCCAAUUUUGUAUUGAUUCAAUCAAAAACGAGGACAUAUCUGUGAAGAAGAUGGCUAUGCAGAUCGUCUUCAGAUUCUUUGAUGAUUUCCCGGAAAAGAGAGCGGCAGCUCUCAAUACGCUAAUGUCGCAACUGAAGAAUCCUGACAUAGAGGUGCAAAAACUCGUCAUCAAAGGUCUUCCUUCCACAUGCUCGCGUCAUGAAGAUUACGUCGAUCAGGUACACUGA